GUUUUGUUUCUCUUUACAUAUUCCCUACAAAUUCUUAAGCUUUUUUAUUUUUUAUAUACCUAAUGAAGCCAUGGAUGUCAACUGGAUUAGGAAAAAGUGAGUCAUAGGUGAUAUGGCAUGAUCUUUGCUGUUUUUAGCUCUAUUUAGUUCAAUGGUGAAUUGGUGAUGGGGCCUGUUUGGGUGAUAAAAAGGAGAGAGAAAAAAGAUCUUUCUGUUUGUGGAAUUUUGAAGGCAAACCCUCUUCUCUGACAGAACCAUUUUCUACAUAUUUAUGUGUCUCCACCAGCUGUUGAUUUUGGGUGAGAAGCUAUUCAAUUGCCAGUCGCCAAUGCCAUCAAGGGAUGAAGGGCUUUGGAAAAAUGAUGAUGAAAGGAGGAAAAGAUGAGGCAAAAGUGAUGAACCCUAUGUUUCCUAGGCUUCAUGUGAAUGACGCUGAGAAAGGAGGGCCAAAGGCACCUCCAAGGAAUAAAAUGGCACUUUAUGAACAACUCAGUAUCACUUCCCAAAGGUUCAACUCAGGAUCACAAUCCAUGUUGCCUUUUCCACCAAAUAAUAGCAACAUCUUGGUUCCUUCAAUGUCAUCAAGCCAUGGUGGUGGUAAUGAAAGGAACAUGUUUAUGCCAUUAGCAAACUCUCAUGAAUCUUCAGUUUUGGCUGAUGAGAAGUUUAAUUCUUGUUCCAUCCCUGGGACUAAACUAAGCACCAUGAAAGGAAAUCAAGAUCGAAAAUCCUCGAAAACUACCAAGUGCCGUAGUUUUGAUCCAUUGCAACCACUUCAUUUCUCGAAGUUCAAGAAAUUUUCAUAUCGGUCAGUAGGACUCGAUGAUGACCUUACAGUCCCAACCUCUAUUCUACCUGGGAUGGAUCGAAAUCAUGGUUGCAGUAAGCAAAGUGAAGGUAGGGAAAGAUUUUCUAAAUCGAACUUGAGCUCUUCGAUGCAGUUUUGGGCUUCUAAUAAAAAGCAGAUGAAGGAAAAUGGAAGAUUAUGUGAAAAUAGUCAGGACCUCAUGGAAAGGUCCAAUUCAAUCGUGUCAACCAGAGAUGAAAUAUUGGCCGGCACGUCAUUGGACUUGUCAACCAAAAUCAAGAACCCAGGAUCGUUAAAACGACCACAUGCGGUGAUGAAUCAAGAAAAUAAAAGCAUCACGGUUGAUGUGUUGAAUAGUAAUGAUGUUCCUGAUGCAAGGUUGAUAUGCUCGAGACAAUCACUUGGAGUCGAUAAUGAAAACAGAAAUCUGGUGCACGAAGAAAAGACACAUGGGGCUACAGAAGUUGAGGGUGUUAACAGACAUAACAAUGUCCCAGAUGCAUCAGAGUACAUAUCUGCUUCCGAUAUAUGUCCUGAUGAUGUCGUGGAAAUAAUUGGCGAAAAGCAUUUCUGGAAAGUAAGAAGAGCCAUAGCCAACCAACAAAGAGUCUUUUCCGUGCAAGUCUUCGAGUUGCAUAGACUGAUAAAGGUUCAGAGGUUGAUUGCUGGCUCACCACAUAUGUUGUUUGAAGAUACAUUUCAUAUCGACAAACCAUCUUUCGAUGUUUCUGCUAUCAAGAAGUUGUCAUCUGAUGAUGUUCCUCAACCACCAUUGAUUUCUAAAGUAAAAAGUAAUUCUCGAAAACCUGAUACUAACAUCGAAUGUGCGAAUGACAAUGCAUUUGCAGAGCUUCCUUGUGCUUCUGCUAAUGAUGAGACCAAAGGACUUGUUAUACAUCAGCCUAAAUACGAGUCUUAUUCUGGAAAUGCCUUCUCAACACUGAUGACUGCCAAUUCCGGGUUGUCUCCUUGGUGUGUCUCACCACCCGGAAAUCAAUGGUUAGUUCCCAUAAUGUCUCCUUCGGAAGGACUUGUGUACAAGCCCUACACAUGGCCUAUACCUCCAACUGCUGGCUUACUUACACCAGUUUAUGGAAGCUGUGGUACUGUGAACUUAGGUGUAAGCGGUCGGGACUUUUUGAACACGGCUAAAAAUCUUGCAGCUUCUCACCAACAUGAUAUUGAAAUUCUUCGAACUGACCCUCCUAUAAGUCAGACCACCUUUCCGCAUUAUGGCAUGCCGGUCAUGAAUCCAUCAGUUACUGGCUCAGCACUUGAGCAGAUGAGCCUUGUUAUUGCAGUCCAGUCUAAGGCCAACUUCACCAUGGCUCAACCGAGUUCAUGUAACACGUCUAGCCAACCAAGUCAAGCAAUCUCAUAUUCUACUCAGAAACUGCCUGCACCAAAUGAGACCGAAAUACAAGGGACUACUGCCAGUAGUCCCUCUGAGAGAGCUAAAGUGGAUGCACUUCCUCUUUUCCCUACUGAACCACCAACAACGGCAGCUAAUUGCGAUGCUCGGACUCAUCAACAACGAACAAAGGUGAUUAAGGUUAUACCCCAUAACCACGUAUCGGCAACUGAAUCCGCAGCUCGUAUUUUCCAGUCUAUACAAGAAGAAAGGAAACAGUAUGAUUAGUGUUUUCCUUUUUAUCUAAUGAGAGUGUUCUUGGUUUUGUGUCUGAAUAUUUGAUGUGUAAUAUUUAAAUGUUAAUUCGUGUACAUAUAUGCAACAUAAGGUUGAAAAGAA